CAGGCUCCAGCCGUCCAGAGCUUAUCGUCUCAUCGUCAUCGGCGUCGCCGCCUCGCCCCUACCUACCUCCUCUCGUCGACCUGAACGCCGGCAAGUCGCGAGUCGCACCACGGGACCUGAGGGGUGUGUCGCAACCCAGGACCUGAAGGCUGUGUCGACGCUCGACACCCCGUCUUUUCGCUCUCAAGUCUCAAUCUCAGCAAAGAGAAAGGGUGAAAAGGUCAAGAGCCGCAACCGCUGCCUAACACAAUGAGUGCUGUUAACAUUGGUCUUAAUGAUUCAGCUUCUCAAUUGUCAUGCAUUGUUCGGAGGUUUUCCAACGUGGAUAGACAAAGCAUGUCAACCAGAGAAAAAAAAUCUACUCAAAUUAGUUGUCAGAGGGUUGUGACUGCUUGUCUAAAUGUGGAUGUUGAGGCACCAAAUAAUGCUGGGAAGAUAUCAUUGGGAAAGACUAAGGAGGUGAUUGAGUCAGAAGGGAAGUUUUUGGUUGGAACGUAUGCAAGAGCUCCAGUUGUGCUUGAAAGUGGUAAAGGGUGUAAGUUGUAUGAUGUUGAAGGCAAAGAAUAUUUAGAUUUGAGUUCUGGGAUUGCGGUUAAUGCACUAGGGCAUGGGGAUGAAGACUGGUUUGAGGCUCUAGUUGAGCAAGCCAGAACACUCACUCAUGUCAGCAAUCUGUACUAUUCAGUCCCACAGGUAGAACUUGCAAAGAUUCUAGUAGCUCAUUCUUUUGCUGACCGUGUAUUCUUUGCCAAUUCUGGAACUGAAGCAAAUGAAGCGGCAAUUAAAUUUGCUAGGAAAUAUCAAAGACAUACAUGUGCUGAUGGAAAAGAGCCAGCCACAGAGUUUAUAGCUUUUAGCAAUUGCUUUCAUGGAAGAACCUUGGGUUCACUUGCUUUGACAAGCAAAGAGAAUUACAGAGCACCAUUUGAACCUGUUAUGCCUGGAGUGACAUUUCUAGAGUAUGGAAAUACGCAGGCAGCAAUAGACUUAAUUCGCCAGGGUAAGAUUGCUGGAGUGUUUGUGGAACCUAUCCAAGGAGAAGGGGGAAUAUACAGUGCCACAAAAGAAUUUCUGGAGUCUCUGCGAAAUGUAUGUGAUGAGACUGGGGCUCUUCUUGUGUUUGAUGAGGUUCAAUGUGGCUUAGGCCGAUCAGGGUAUCUUUGGGCCCAUGAAGCUUAUGGUGUCUUUCCAGAUAUGAUGACACUUGCCAAGCCUCUUGCUGGCGGUCUGCCUAUUGGAGCAGUGCUGGUAACUGAAAGGGUUGCUUCUGCUAUAAAAUAUGGUGACCAUGGAAGCACCUUUGCUGGAAGUCCUCUUGUCUGUGCUGCUGCUCUUAUUGUAUUGAACAAAGUAUCAAAACCUGAUUUCCUGGCUUCAGUCUCCAAGAAAGGUUCCUUCUUCAAAGAUCUUCUAAAACAGAAGUUGGGAGGAAACCGGCACGUGAGAGAAAUUCGUGGUGCUGGCUUAAUUAUAGGAAUUGAUUUAGAUGUUCCCACCUCGCCUCUUGUCGAUGCAUGCCGAGAUUCUGGUCUUCUAAUUUUAACAGCCGGAAAAGGAAAUGUUGUCAGGCUUGUUCCUCCACUAAUUAUAACAGAACAAGAGCUUGAGCUUGCGGCUGAAAUUCUGCGCCAAGCUUUUCCUGUUCUUGAUGAGACCAAUCAAAGCUAGGGGUAAGAGAUAUUGCCUUCCCACUUGGAAAUUACAAGUGGUACUUUUAUUUUUUAUAGUCGUCAGAUUGCCACAUAAGUUAAGGCUUGGAUAAGGAAGUGCGAACUUUCUUACUGAAGUUCUUGCCUAGUUUUUACAACAUCGGAGCUGAGCUGUAUUAGUAUUUCUUAAAUGUGUCGGAUGAGACAGAUAUAUUGCUGUCUAGAAUGUAAUAAUGCCUCAAGUGUUGUUGUUAGAA